AUGUCUGCCAACCUCGACACUCCAGAACCGCCGCCAAUACCUCGCGCAACCCCCUCGCCACGUACAAAGCCCUUAGACCACCCAGACUAUCCUCCCGGCGAUGAUCCCAACGAGCAACAAGAGUUUGACGACACGCCGGAGGAGGACGACAUACCAUACCCCGAGCCUAAUGCUGAGCAACCCCUGCUGCCACCGCCAAACUUCCGACCCUUCUUCGCCCUGAUUGAAGACACCACAUCGGGCGAGCACUACCACCCUUAUGUCCACUAUGUCUUCGCAGACGACGAUCCUACCAUUGUCACUGCAGCCUCGAUGCGAGGCUUAGGGCUAGACGAUACAAGAUACCUUCCACAUGAUGCACCGCCUGCCGGAGAUCGGCGUCGGGGUCGGGAAGGUGAUGAAGAAGAGGUCGAAGGAGAGGAAUAUGAACAAGACCCACCAGUCGAGUCGCCAUUUCCGCCACCCAUACCAGGUGUUAAGGAACACUACCUUAUUGUCGAUGUAGGCGAAGAUGGACGCACAAUCAUGGAUGCACAGUCGCUAUCACCAGAGUGGCAGAUAAUAGACACGGGCGUGCGAACAGCUCCCUCUUUCGACGAGGACUCUCCAGAUCCAGGCUACAUGCUACGCAUAGAAGGUGUUGAGAUACCGCGGAAGAACAAAGGAAAGGCCGAAGCUGGAAUAGACAAGCUGACUGAAGCACGAGAACAACAAGGCGACAUUUUUGGGGCGUUGGAGGGGCUGGUUCAAGGUAUCGAGAGAGGCCUGGGUAUUGCGCACAAGAUAUUCAGUGCGGGGCGAAGAGAAGGCGAAGAGGGCAUACCAACAGAUGCGUGUGAGGAUGAUGCAGAAAAGCUGGUGGGUGAUGAGCAAUGA